AUGUCUGCCGAGAACCCCACGAUUCUGCCCGCCACCAACGGCGCGACCAACGGCGCACCCGCGCGCGUCAACGGCUCCGCGCCCAAGAGCGAUGCCAACCUGGGCACGUUCGGUGUCAAGUCCGGUCUGGCGCAGAUGCUCAAGGGCGGUGUGAUCAUGGACGUCGUCAACGCCGAGCAGGCUCGUAUCGCCGAGGAUGCCGGUGCGUGUGCCGUGAUGGCGCUCGAGAAGAUCCCCGCCGACAUCCGCGUCGAGGGUGGUGUGGCGCGCAUGUCGGACCCGGCCAUGAUCAAGGAGAUCCAGGAGACUACCACGGUGCCGUGCAUGGCCAAGGUGCGCAUCGGCCACAUUGUCGAGGCGCAGAUCCUGCAGGCCAUCGGUGUCGACUACAUUGACGAGUCGGAGGUGCUCACGCCCGCCGACGAGCAGCACCACAUCAACAAGCACAACUUCAAGGUGCCGUUUGUGUGCGGUGCCAAGAACCUGGGCGAGGCGCUGCGUCGCAUCUCGGAGGGCGCUGCCAUGAUCCGCACCAAGGGUGAGGCGGGCACGGGCAACGUCGUCGAGGCGGUGCGCCACCAGCGCACCAUCCAGGGCGAGAUCAAGCGCGUGUCGUCCAUGAGCGACGAGGAGCUCUACGCCUACGCCAAGGACAUCCAGGCUCCCUUCCACCUGCUCAAGGAGACUGCCCGUCUCAAGCGUCUGCCCGUCGUCAACUUUGCCGCGGGUGGUAUUGCGACGCCCGCCGACGCUGCGCUCAUGAUGCAGCUCGGCAGCGACGGUGUCUUUGUCGGCUCGGGCAUCUUCAAGGGCAACAACCCCGAGCAGCGUGCGCGCGCCAUCGUCGCCGCCGUCACCCACUACAACGACCCCGCCAAGCUCGCCGCCGUCUCGGAGAACCUCGGCGAGGCCAUGGUGGGUCUCAACAUCACCAAGGACAUCAAGGGUGGCCGUCUCGCCGAGCGCGGCUGGUAG